AUUUUCUUCUUUGCAGCUUCCUCAUUUAAAUAACCACCAUGGACGUCUCGAAUAUUUUGGCUUCACAUGCCGCCAAAUAUCAGUCGGUAACGGUCGAAAAGGAAACGUCACUUGACGUUGAUGUAGGGUACCUCACAGUAGUAGACCCGAAUCCCAUUGACGAGGACAGCUAUAAAUCCAAUCUUGAAGAACACCUGCAGUCGCUAGCACGCGACGGCAUACAAUCACUGCUUUCGUCUCUUUUCACGCUUCCUACCAAAAGCUCUGACGAUGGUCCCUUGGCCCAGCUACCACCUCCAAAAAUUCAGCUACCCCGUGCUAAGCCUCUGCCAAAGCCCAAACCACCCACCAAAUGGGAGCAAUUUGCUGCAGCGAAGGGUAUUCAAAAGAAGCGAAAGGACAGGAAAGAGUGGGAUGAGGAAAGACAAGAGUGGGUUAACAGGUGGGGAAAGGACGGGAAGAAUAAGCAGACUGAAGAGCAAUGGAUUACAGAAGUGCCUCUCAAUGCCGAUGUGGAUUACGACCCUCGGAAAGUAGCUCGCGAGGAGCGCAAAGCAAGAGUGGCUAAAAACGAAAAGCAGCGACAAGGAAACCUUGCUCGUGCACAGGGCCCUUCGUCCUCAGUAGCAGACACAAAUCCUCGCGAACAACGGAAGAAGGAGAUAACCAAAUCACUUUCUUCAGCACGGAUAAGCACGGCAAGUAUGGGUCGCUUCGAUAAAAAACUCGAGGGCGAAAAGAAAAUUCGUGGUGUGAAACGGAAGUUCGAUGCCAAUGAGCAACCUGUUGAACAUGAAAAGAACGCAUCCCUGGCGCUGCUAUCCAAAAUGGAGAGCGACGCCAAAAAGACGAGAGCAGCUCCGCCAUCUGGAGACGGUGUCGUCAAUGUUCGGAAGGCUGUAAGAUUCGCAAGUAAAGGCCAAGGAGGUAUUGCUCUCGGUAGAGAGUCGUCCGGCGGGAGCACGAAGCGUAAACAGGGUGCAAAAAGAAGAUGAUCUGAUGACUUUUUAUAUUUGUCUACACCUACCUGAAAAUACUUAUUCGUGUGGGCUCGCUGAGAUAUGUCCGACAAAUAUUAAUAUUUUAUGUGAGUUA